AUGCAAAGAAUAUUUUGUUUCAACAAAAACAAAAUUGCAACAGCUAAUCGAACAAUAAAAGCCAAUGAUUCUAAAUAUAAUGCAUCGAACAAAUUUGCAAAAAAUAUAAUUUCAACAACAAAAUAUAAUAUAAUAACAUUUUUGCCAAAAAAUCUUUUUGAACAAUUUCGUCGACUGGCAAAUGCUUUCUUUCUAUUUCUUCUUAUUUUAUUAUUCAUUCCACAAAUUAGUUCACUGCAACCAAUUACUACUUUGUUAUCACUUGUUUUCGUCCUUGUAGUGACAGCAAUCAAAGAUGCUGUCGAUGAUAUUGCAAGAUAUCGAAGUGAUAGACAAUUUAAUAAUCGUCGAAGUGAUGUUUUAAUUGAUAAACAACUUGUUAGAAUAUAUUGGAGAGAAAUAAAAGUCGGUGAUAUUAUACGAAUUCAUAAUAAUGAUUUUAUUCCUGCUGAUAUGGUAUUAAUUUCAACGAGUGAACCAAGCGGAUUAUGUUUAAUUGAGACAGCAGAUUUAGACGGUGAGACAAAUCUCAAAUCUCGAGAAGCACUGGAAGCAACAAUUGAUCUUCAAGACGAUUUAGAAAAUUUAUCGAAAUUUGAUGCUAAAAUCGAAUGUGAACCACCGAAUAAUAAUUUUCUUCGAUUUGAAGGCACUUUAACAUGGAAUCAACAUAUAUAUUCAUUAAAAAAUGAGAACUUUUUAUUACGUGGAACUCGAUUAAGAAAUACACAAUGGGCUUUUGCAAUUGUUUGCUAUGCUGGUCGAGAUACAAAACUGAUGCAAAAUAGUGAUAAACCAAAAUUUAAACGAACAAAAAUUGAUCUUUGGCUAAAUAAAAUAAUCUUAGGAGUAAAAUAUUUUAUAUUAACGUUUUAA